AUGACUUUAUUUGAUGAUUACUGUCUAGACCGCCCGGCUGAACCCGUACAAGUCUUCGAGGUCGGACAGGAUGCAACACUCCUCACAGGCUCAUACCAACAAUCAGACCUUCGCACGCUAGAGGAUACGGCAUCCUUUUUGGAAAACAGUCAGAACAAGCCUUACAAAUGUCGCCUUGUGUCAAUAUGUCAAAAGAAUUCCUGGCAAAAACUGCAGAUCACUAAGCCUAUGCUGGACCUCCUCGUCGCUGGACACGGGAUAGGUCCAUCAUUUUGGGCGGUGCCAUCGUGCUUUUAUCGGCGCAGUGAUGACCUCGAAGGGGUAUUUUGCCUUCCAUUUACAGAGUCCUGCUCUGGCUCCAUAACUGAAAUAUCCUACACUCUGAGAUACCCCGAGUACAAGCCGCAAGAGAACAAAUGGGUCAUUCGCCAGAGUGGAAUUUACCACCGAUACGACAAAACUUCGUCCCACAGUCUUUUCGUACUGUUCAAUCCCACACCACGAUCCAAAGCGCAUUUGCAGGCUGAGAAUUCACUGCGUGAUCUUCGCCCCGAAGUUGAAUCCGACCCUUUUUGGUUACACCGGGUCUUGUUCUCAGAGUACUUCCCUGCCUGGAGGAAAUAUAUCGCCGUACACGAACAACGAUUUCUACCCCUUGCAGGCAGUACAAUCGCCACUUUUAUUAGUGGGCCAUUGAGUCUAGGGUACGAUAGCCUCAGCACAUUGACUGCCUUGCAGACUCGAUUUCUCGAAGUUCCAGCCAUCUUAGCAUCGGCGACAGAUAUUCUCGACGAGCUGUGUGCCGUUGUUAGCUCCGGGUCGGUGCCCUCACGAAAUAACGCCGGAGUUCAGUUUUUCAAAAAUCAGCGUCGAGAGUGCAUUGCAAAUUCCCAUAAUGCUUCGCAUUUGCAGGAGCGGACACAGAUUGUCUCAAAGCUGCUAGCCGACACUUUGCUAUUUCGGAAUCAGGUCCUGGCCAAGGAACAAAAUUCAAACAUGUUACAGCUGAACAAGUCAGCAGUAUUCAUCACCACUUUGACGUUGGUAUAUCUUCCGUCGUCAUUCUUGGCCACUGUAUUUGGUAUGAACUUCUUUGACAUGGAUCAAGCGAACAAUCGUAUUGUCGGUACACCUAUGAUAUGGAUAUUUUUCGUAUCAUCUAUUGCCCUGACGGCAUUCACGUUUCUUCUUUACUACUGGCUAUUGCGUCGCGAUGGUCCAGCGUUCCGUGCGCUUGUACCGAGGAUACAAAUUCGCCCAGCUUGGAAUUUUGAACAAGUGAGGAGGCGGAUCACAGGCGGCGCUAAUGCCAGUAUCGAGCUACAGUCUCCAGCUUGA